UCCUCUCAUCACUCUCUCUUAACACACACAAAACUGUGAGAGCUAACAAAAAACAAAACAGAGAACCAACAACCAAAAACAAAAAUGCCUUCUUUAGAGAACUCUGUUACGAUAAUCUCAAGAAACAGAGUCUUCCCAGACCAAAAGUCAACUCUCGUUGACCUCAAGCUCUCCGUCUCCGAUCUUCCCAUGCUCUCUUGCCACUACAUCCAGAAAGGUUGUCUCUUCACGCGUCCACACCUUCCUCUCCACGCUCUUCUCUCUCACCUCAAACACUCACUCUCCAUAACUCUCUCUCACUUCCCUCCUCUCGCCGGCCGUCUCUCAACCUCCUCCUCCGGCCACGUUUUCCUCACCUGCAAUGACGCCGGCGCCGAUUUCGUCUUCGCCGAAGCGAAAUCAAUCCACGUGAGCGACGUGAUCGCCGGAAUCGACGUUCCCGAUGUAGUCAAAGAGUUUUUCACCUACGACAGAGCUGUGAGCUACGAGGGACAUAACAGACCAAUCCUCGCCGUUCAAGUAACGGAACUAAUCGACGGCGUUUUCAUCGGAUGCUCUGUUAACCACGCCGUGACUGACGGAACCUCGCUGUGGAAUUUCAUUAACACCUUCGCGGAGGUUUCUAGAGGUGUUAAGAAUGUGACACGUCAGCCUGAUUUUACGCGGGAGUCUGUGCUAAUCUCACCGGCUGUGCUCAAAGUCCCUCAAGGUGGUCCUAAGGUGACGUUUGACGAAAACGCGCCGUUACGUGAACGGAUUUUCAGUUUUAGCAGAGAAUCGAUUCAAGAGCUUAAAGCUGCGGUGAACAAGAAGAAAUGGUUGACGGUUGAUAACGGCGAAGUAGACGGUGUUGAGUUGUUAGGGAAGCAAAGCAACGAUAAACUUAACGGAAAAGAAAACGGUAUAUUAACGGAAAUGUUAGAGAGUUUGUUUGGCAGAAACGACGCCGUUUCGAAACCCGUCGCGGUUGAGAUCUCGUCGUUUCAGUCUCUAUGUGCGUUGCUUUGGCGUGCGAUCACUCGUGCGAGGAAGCUUCCGAGUUCAAAAACGACUACGUUUCGUAUGGCGGUGAAUUGUCGUCACCGGUUAAGUCCUAAGCUGAAUCCGGAGUAUUUCGGAAACGCGAUUCAGAGCGUCCCGACGUUUGCCACGGCGGGAGAGGUUUUGUCUCGUGAUCUUAAAUGGUGCGCCGAUCAGCUUAACCAGAGUGUUGCGGCUCAUCAAGAUGGGAGGAUUCGUAGCGUUGUGGCGGAUUGGGAAGCGAAUCCUCGGUGUUUUCCUCUUGGAAAUUCUGACGGAGCUUCGGUUACGAUGGGAAGCUCGCCGAGAUUUCCAAUGUAUGAUAAUGAUUUCGGGUGGGGAAGACCGGUGGCGGUUAGAAGUGGACGGUCGAAUAAGUUUGACGGGAAGAUUUCGGCGUUUCCGGGGAGGGAAGGAAAUGGGACUGUUGAUUUAGAGGUGGUUUUGUCGCCGGAGACUAUGGCUGGGAUUGAAUCUGACAGUGAGUUUAUGCGAUACGUGACUAAAAAGUAACGGAGUUUAUGGAUUAAUAACGUUAACGGUUUGUC